AAAAGGGCGGAUCCAGCCAGAGUGAAUGCAUUGGGCGAGGCGCCAGAAGCAGGGGCGUACUGGGGCGAAGACCUACGGUACUCGCUCCGAGUACCGUUGGACAAUUCUCUCAUCAGCUACGAGCCAAAGCGGUGCUUCAUUAUCAGUGAAUGGCGGCCCUUUUUGUUGCGCCGUUCAAGGGGGAUUGGACAAUGUGGACGUGGCUACAAGAUGUGCUACCCUGCCCGUCAGACUUGAUUCUCUUGGUUGUCGCGCAGCGCUUCUCUACCACGGCCACCGCAGUGGAUGUCAGGUCCCAGAAAGUCAUCGUCGAGGUGCAGAUGCACCCUCCAAAUGAUCUUCACAACUCGACAAAAACCCUACUCCGCCAAGAGUGGCCACUCAUUGAGCUGCUCCCCCGACCUAACGAGUCGUUUGUUCUACGCCUUGGUGACGUCCCGCUAAAGCACAAGGCGACUCUUCUAGUCAACCUGCGAUCGUCGAACCCGCCGGGUUCGGUGGUCGCUCCUUUUGCGAUAACUUCAAUCACUCUUCGCGCACGGCAAUCUUUCGCAUUGAAUAAACCGCUUAGCUCUAUGCCAAAAGGAAGUAGCUCAAUGCCGUCUUCCUCCACAGCUGCUUCUCUAGUCCACCCGCUGUUAAGAACACCAGUCGAAACAGUCGCCCUCCCCCGAUUUCGUCAUGGGGCGCACUGGCAUGCCUGUCCAGCCCAACCGUCGAAACCGAAGAAGUUUAUACCGUUAUCAAUCCUUCGCUCCCGCCAAAACGCCAUUAUCAAAGAGGAAACAGCAGAACUGACCUUGAAAUCGCCCAGCCCUCUCCUGUAUACACGACCCAUUGCGUCCACUUCCGAGAGUGGCGAAAAGACAUAUGGCCCGAAGACGUGGCAUUAUCCGCUCACCGCGGGCAACGUGAGCUACGGGGAGAUGCGGAUGUUCAGUGAUGGCAUCGAAGGGGUGCGAGAACAGACAAAUCAGGUCACCGACCAGGCGGCGAAAGCCUUUGGUGAGGAUUCGGAGCAGUUCAGACAGAUAAAGGAGAAAAUGGAGGGAGCUUUUACCCAACUCCUGAUAACUUUGCAGGGGUUCGAUGAUGACAAGACAAGCGCAUUGUUUGGAGUGAGCCGAACGGCUUGAUGCGCGUGGUUGGAAUUGCUACCAAAGUGUUAUCUAUAGGCGGAUAUACGAAUGCAUAUGCAGCAGCUAUGUUCAUUCGUGUGCAAAACCCACUGGUACAUGAAUGGCGGGUUCCUCUUCCGGAAAUGACACCCUUGUCGCCUUGUGACCCAUAUUUAUCGAGUCAAGCUCAUAGACGCCGCCAAGCACGAUUACUAGUAG